AUGCCAUUGAUAAUUCAAAGGAACAGUUCCUAUAUUAAGCUAAUAUUACUCAAAUAUUUAUGUACAUUAGUAUUUAUUGGGUUUUCGGGUUUCAUCUUUCUUCAAACAACACAACAUAUCAAACAACCAUUUAUUGAUGAAAUUUUUCAUUUAAGACAAUGUCAAACUUAUUGUAAAUAUAAUUUUAAGAACUGGGAUAAUAAAAUAACAACACCACCAGGAUUAUAUAUGUUGGGAUUUAUAUACUCGAAAUUUAUUCUGUUUGUAACAAAUGGAGAAUUAACUUGUUUUAAUUAUAAUGUGCUAAGAUCAAUUAAUUUAUUUGGUGGAUUAAUAAUUUUACCAAUAUUUUUAACCAUUUUCAAAAAAUCAAAUUCAUUUCAAUUUUGGAAUAUAAAUAUGUUAUCACAACCUUUAAUUUUCACUUUUUAUUAUUUCUUUUAUACUGAUAUUUGGUCAACUAUAUUUAUAAUCAUUUCAUUAAGCUUGAUUAAUAAUAAAAUCAAUCAAUGGCCUUUGUUAAGUUCAUUUUUUGGAUUUUUAAGUUUAUGGAUGAGACAAACUAAUAUGAUUUGGAUUGUUUUCAUCGCUGCUGUUUCAAUUGAUAGGAAAAUUACUAGAAGUAACUCAUUGAUUGAUCGAAUUUAUCAAUUUAUUACCUUGGCUAUAAAAAAUUGGACAUCAUUGAUUGGUUAUUUGGUAAAUGUAAUUUUAUUUGCUAUCUUUUUAAAAGUUAACGGUGGUAUAACAUUUGGAGAUAAAGAAAAUCAUCAAGUUCAAUUACAUUUAGUUCAAGUAUUUUAUUGUUUUACAUUUAUUAACUUUUUCACAUGGCCAGUAUGGUUAAAUAAAACUACAUUCAAAAACUAUUUAAAUUUUUUAUUUGGAAAUUGGGGUAUAAAUGCCUUGUUAAAUGGAUUUUCCUUUGUUUUAAUUAAACUUAUAAUUGAUAAGUUUACAAUUGUUCAUCCUUUCUUGUUGGCUGAUAAUAGACAUUAUACAUUUUACAUCUUCAGAAAAUUAAUAAAUCAUGAAUAUAGUUUCAUUGUUGCGGUUCCACUAUAUCAUUUUGCAACUUAUAAUAUUAUAAACAGCUUAUCAAAAGCUAAAAGAAUAUAUUUAUCACCAAUUACAAUACUAGCUUAUCUAAUUGCGAUUAUAUUAACAAUUGUACCUUCACCAUUAUUUGAACCUAGAUAUUACAUAAUACCAUUGAUAAUAUUCAGGUUAUAUAUCAAUCCAAGCUAUUCUUAUUCAAAUUUCGUGGAAUUUAUUUGGCUCAAUUUUAUUAAUGUCAUAACGAGCUAUAUUUUUUUCAAUUACAAAUUUAAAUGGGUAAGUGAGCCUAAUAAUAUUCAGAGAAUAAUAUGGUAA